CAGUUUCCUGCCCCUCCCUCCGGCUCUCCUCCCUCCAGCUGUUUCUCUGGCAGAGUCUGCUCCCAUUCAGGACCGCAGCCCCAACCAGCAAGGAGCUCAGGACAGACGGAGGUCUCCCCAGGAGCCUGUUCGGGGAUGAGGGUGCCCUAGGGGUAGGGCAGGGGCUGCGCUCUGUGGGAUUCGAGGAAAUAGAGGAACUGCUUUCUGGGCAAACAGCCACAGCCGAAGACCGGUGCGAUCGGGAGAAAGAAGUCAGGAAGCACAGGUCUCCUGCACAGCCCUGGGCGGCUUGAAGUCUCGGGGAACCUUCCAGAAGACCUGGGCAGAUACCAGCCUCAAGGUGUUUCCAGCGGCGCACAGAGACUGACUGGCCGAGGGCCUGCGCAGCGGAGCUUUGGACACCGACCGGCACAGUGAAUGAGAAUGGGGGACAUGGAUUAUAACAGAUCCCUCCUCUCCGAUGAAGACUACCUGGAAUAUCCUGAUGUCAUGGUUGUGGAGGACUCUCACCCCCCAGAGAGCAGGGCGAUCACAGUCUUCCUGGUGGUGAUCUACAGCCUCGUCUGUUUCCUCGGGAUCCUGGGCAACGGCUUGGUGAUCUUCAUCGCCACCUUCAAGAUGAAGAAGACGGUGAACACCGUCUGGUUCCUCAACCUGGCCAUCGCGGACUUCCUGUUCAAUGUCUUCCUCCCGAUCCACAUCGCCUACGCCGCCAUGGACUACCACUGGGUUUUCGGGACGGCCAUGUGCAAGAUCAGCAACUUCCUGCUCAUCCACAACAUGUAUGCCAGCGUCUUCCUGCUGACGGUCAUCAGCUUCGACCGCUGCAUCUCUGUGCUCCUCCCGGUCUGGUCCCAGAACCACCGCAGCCUCCGGCUGGCCUACGUGGCCUGCGUGGUCAUCUGGGUCCUGGCUUUCUUCUUGAGUUCCCCCUCCCUCGUGUUCCGGGACACGGCCAGCGUGCACGGGAAGAUAUCCUGCUUCAACAACUUCAGCCUGUCCGCGGCCAGCUCUUCCCCGUGGCCCGCUCACCCGCGCCUGGACUCUGUGGGGUCCCGCCGGUACAUGGUGGUGACCAUCACGCGUUUCCUCUGUGGCUUUCUGAUCCCGGUCCUCGUCAUCACGGCCUGCUACUUCACCAUCGUCUGCAAGCUGCGGCGCAACCGCCUGGCCAGGACCAAGAAGCCCUUCAAAAUCAUUGUGACCAUCAUCAUCACCUUCUUCCUCUGCUGGUGCCCCUACCACACCCUCUACCUCCUGGAGCUCUACCACACCGCCGUGCCCGGCGCCGUCUUCAGCCUGGGCGUGCCCCUGGCCACUGCCGUCGCCAUGGCCAACAGCUGCAUGAACCCCAUUCUCUAUGUCUUCAUGGGUCAGGACUUCAAGAAGUUCAAGGUGGCUCUCUUCUCCCGCCUGGUCAAUGCCCUGAGUGAGGACACGGGUCACUCUUCCUUCCCCAACCACAGGAGCUUUACCAGGAUGUCCUCGCUAAACGACAGGUCCUCAAUGAACGAGAAGGAGACCAACAUGAUCUAGCCUGGCCCGGGGAGCCCCGCAGACGCUCCCAACCUCGGCGCCCAAGUCUAAGGCUUCUCAAGACCUCGGCGGGAACCUCUUCGGCACCCACCAAGGCCCGCUGUGUUUUGCAUGGGGCUGAACAGUGUUUUGAGUGGGGUGUCCGGGGCUUGGAACCCUUUCCUUCCAGUGGCCUGGGGGACCCGGCAUGACAUGUGGCUCCCAGCCUUGAACCGGCAUCCCGUGCUUCUUGGGACACCCGCCUUGACGGACACAAAGCAGAAAAGGGAGAAUUCUCACGAGCACCGCCCUGAACGGUGACCAGCACGAGACAGGGAGAUGGUGCUACCCACUGUGCGCUCCCCAGUAAUGACACGCAUACGCUAUGCCGCAGGGGUGUCAAACUCAUUUUCACCGGGGGCCACAUCAGCCUCGUGGUUGCCUUCGAAGGGCCGAAUGUCAUUUUAGGACUGUGUACAUGGAACUGCUCCUUAACAGUUAAGCGAGAGCUCGGCACUGCUGCCGGGUAGAAACAAGGUGCCCGGCUGGAUAAAACAAGGUGGAGGGCCGGAUUCGGCCCGUGCGCCUUGUGUUUGCCACCUGUGGGCUAUGGGGACCAUUCCUGGUGGGAGAGAGGAGGCCAGAGCAAGCCAGUGUGGCAUAGAUUACACCUCUCCCUGCAUGCCUUCGCCGUAGCCAGCCAGCACCCACCACUCACGCCAUUCCUCUGGGUCCGGCAUGUGGAAAUGCACAGGUUACCUGGGAGAGGAAGGGGGCAUGAGCCCAUGACCUCCCAGGACCACGCACUGGGCUUUCAGAUCCCCUGGGAAGACAAAGAACAGGUCCAGAGGGGGCACGUGGGCUCUUUGUCAGGGCGACACACACAGGUGGCCCUGAGGGGUCUGGGGAGCAAUGGAGAGAGAAGAGGAAAGGACUUUCAGUGGGUGUGGCAUGAGCAGCUCACCCAGACCCUCCCUGGGAGAAGGUGCUUUCUGCUGUAGUUGUUCCGGGGGUGGGGGUGGUGCUAGCCCUUUCCCCAACCCCUGUUCCCACUUUGCAUUUGCUCCUGUUGGGGGCGCUGGGUUGAGGGUGCAGCUUCAGCAGCAGCCCCCACCCCAUGCCAGGGACCCCUCUCUCCUUCCCUAACCCAUUGGCUCUGGCUGGAGCUGCUCAGAAUGAAACACUCCUGGGCGGGAGGUGAGUGAGGAGGGCUUCUCCUCCUCGUCCUCCACUUCCUCACAGCCUUGCCCGAGACUAGUCCGAAAUCAACAUCAGGAAGCACCCUGGGAGCACCUCGUGGGCUGCCGAGUGCACCCAAGGGCUCGGUCAAGGUCACGGAGCGGAGUCUGGAGCCCGAUUUCUUGAGCCGUGCUUCUGGGGUGCGGGUCCUGGGGUGUCAGGGGCACCGAGCUCCUGCGGGCGGCCCUGGGGCCUUUCCUCGCCCAGCACAGCACCCUCCUGGGCCGCAGAGUCCGUCUCCCUCUUACAGACGACGAAGCCGAGGCUCCCAGGAGGCAGGCGACUCGCCCAGCAGUACGCAGCCAGCCAGGGGCUCUGUGCGGCCCCGUAAAGGAUGUGCCUGCCGAGAACUUUCUAGACUGUAACCAUAGCCGACGUGUAUCCAGCACUUCCCAUGAUAAGCACUUUAUGUCUGUCCGCUCGUCCGCCCCUCACAGCUGCCCCGAGUUAGGUGCAAUACGUGUUACUUCCCUUUGCCGUGUGAGUGCCUGAGGCCCCGCAGGAGGUUCAGCCUGUUGACGGAGGGCCCAGCUGGUCUCUGCCAGAGCCUGGAUUUGAACCUAGAUCCCUGUCCGGCCCAAAUAAGGCUGCAGAGUCUUAAGGUUUUGAGAGGGGCUGGGUGGGGGGUUUGACCAUCAAUAUCUAUUCCUCAGCAGAUUAAUUAAACAUCUUAAUGGCUUUUAAGUUGGCUUGGCGAUUUGCUUUUGAGAAUGACCCAGCAGGGCAGAGAAAAUGCUGCUUCCCGGACACCCACCCGCACGCGCCCACGUGGCUCCCCAUCCGGCACCCCUGAGGCCUCAGGGAGGGCAGUGGGGAUGGAGGCCUGGCUGGGGGCAGCCCCUCGAGGGCCCGAGGCCUUGGGUUCCCCCGGUCUGCAUUCUGUUCUCUCCCAAGUCCCUCCACCGGGAAGCCGGCCUCCACCAAGGUGCAGUGGAACAGAUGUAGCAUCUGCAGAGCGCGGGCCGGCUCCAAGGCCACGGGCUGUGUGGACUCACACCUCAUUAAGAGACAGACUGUUCCUUCACUUCUUGAGUCGUUGUGCCUGUGACGAGCCAGCUUGGAACCGACCUCAAGCUGCAGCCUCCGAUUGCUCCCAGCAGUGUACACUUGGGCAGUUGGGGAGCUGACAGAGGCUUUGGUAUCGCCCAGCACCCCCCGUCCGCCCCCACCUCCACCCUCAUGGGGGUGCAGCGACCAAGGCUCAAGACGGUGUGGGACGUGUUCCAGGUCCCAGAGAUGGUCGGCAGCCAGGUGGGCCUCUGACCCCCAGGAUGGGGCUGCUUCCUUGGCGUGGCUCCCCGCCAGGCUGGGCCCAGGGAGCCAGGAAAUCAUCGGGUCUUUGGAAAAGUUGAUGAACAGGAGUGAAAUCCAAAGCAGCUGUUUUCCUCCUUGGGGUCAGGCCUCCUUUCUCUGGCUGCCCUGCCGGUCUUCCUGUUCUGCCUGUAGCUUCCCCGCAAAGGCUUAGAUGUUACCGUGACAGCCUCUUCAA